GGACCACACCCGGCGAAGGCGAAGUUCAUCGUCCCCUCGGAGGAGAAGCGACGACUCUGAUGACGAUAGAAAUGCUAGACCAUCUAGCCGAAGAGAGAGGCGAAAAGACGAUAUGAGACCAUCUUCGAAGACAAGACAGUCAAAACGUCCCUCGUCAAGAUCAAAAAAAGCAUCACCCGGAACCUCUAGUUCAUCUUCUUCUUCUGACGACGAUGACAGUGCUGACCCUGAGGAUGCUCCUGUUGUAGUUGGCACCUCUGGGUUCCAUCGAGAUGACGAUGGCCCAGUUGUUGUAGAUACACGAAAUGGAGCAGGUUCGUCUAUUAAGAUUAACAGGAAGUUGUAUGGAGGUGGUAGCACCAGGGAUGGUGAAGAUGACGGUCAUGAGGACCACGACAAGAGUAUGAAGGAUAAGAUAGCCGAAGCGAAAGCUGCACGGCGAGCUAUGAAGUUUGCGGGUCUAGAAACCUUCGGCAGAACUGGCAUCAACACCGCAGGCGUUGACGAUGAGAUGGUGUUUGGCGGAGAGGGUUUUGGUAGACGUCACAUGGAGAACGAUCCGCAAAGACCAUUUGGAGCGAAGAUCAUCAAUGGUGUGGUGGCUCGAAGCAACCCCGCGGCCCCCCUUCCUAGCACUAGUGACACUCUGACCGAACUAGGGACGGCCAGGGACGGACGUAGUCGGGCACGACUUUUGUUGUCCCAAGUACGCGUGACCGCACGUGCGCAGUCCGACAAGCGAAAGCAAGAGCGCAACGAGGUAGAAGCAACUGCAGAGGAGCUCAAGGGGCUGCAGCGGAGAUUGAAAGUCUCGCUCAGUACGCAGCUCAUCCUGGAGGAAUUCGAUUCCUUCACGAAAAAGCUUUCGCACGCCUUGGAGGCGAAGACCGUAGGUGUAGCGGAAGCGGAACAAAUGAAAAGGAGUAUGGAAGCUGCAUAUUGUCAGGGAAGCGAAAAGCCGUUGGACGAGGAGGAGGAAAGAAAAGACGCAACAAAGGGUCGUAAAGGUGAUGGAACGACAGAGGAUGACGAUAAGGACGGUUCUAAGAAGGAAAGUGCAAACGGUAAAGCAGAGCCUCAGACCUCAGCUUCUGCACCUGCUGCGCCUUCAGUUUUAAAACGUGGUGAACAUCCUGCAUCUAGUUUAGACGAGGAAGCAGAUGUAUUCUUUGGCAAAGGGGAGGAUGACGAGUCAAGAAGUUCUACUAGGUCUUCUCGAAUCCAGAAAUUCCACUCAACCUUCCAGAGAGACCGUUUGAAGUUUAAGCGUGCCUGUGAGAAGCAGUUUUCUGGUCAAAUUCCUACCGCUGCUGAAGUUUUCCAGCAAUUUCACCUAGUCCGAGAUACUGCGCCGCACCUCUAUAGAGUGCACCUGAAAAAACACCUCGUGGAGGCAUUGUCGCUGAGUGUUCGAGUGGAGAUGUUGGAUUGGGACCCUCUCAAGUUGUUGGGAGAGCCGUCAAGUGGCAGCUUUACUGGCGUAGAAGUGGGUCCAUCUGCUCAACCUACACCAUCUUCAAGUCCAUCAAGUACAACAAGAGUCCAAGAUUUACCCUGGUACCAAGCUUUUUUAGGCUUCGCACGGGAGCUAGACACGCCAUCAGCAAGCGAGGUUUUGCUGCCGGUGUUUCAUAAAGUAGUGUGGCCGAAUUUGGAGCACUAUUUCUUGCGCUGUUGGAACCCUUGUGUUGCUGCUAUGAUAGGAACAAUGUCAACAACUACAACUUCCUCUAGAAGUUCACCUCGUUCUAUGCAAAACGAACGAGGAGAAGCCGCUUUCUUGGGUAUCAUCAGCUUUUUACGAGAAGUGUACGACGCAACGGCUCACUCCGCUGAGGAGCAGCAAAAGUUGUGGGCUGAAGUAAUUGAGACGCUGAUUGUAAGGUUUCUACGCCGAGCAGAGCACUUCUUGCAAAGCGACGGGUAUAAGCGGCAAGUGGAGGAAUAUGAGAGCACGAAUUCAUCUCCUUCACCACCACCACCUCCUCUUUCUACUUUGCUGAUAUGCGUCUUGACUGUUGCGGCAGGGUGGUUUCGCGCUUUUCAUAUAUCAGAGGACAGCUAUAGCGUGGUUAGCUUCGUACUGCGGAGUUUUAUUAAAACACAUGAUCAGCAGAAAGAAACGAAGACGGUAACGACUCUAGAGACUGCGUGUCAUCUUUUUGAAAGGUAUCCGACUGCACUCCGUGACAGUGUUUUGCGACCAGCAUUCAGCAAGAAGUUGCGCCAAAUUUUGCAGCCUUUAGUGAUGGCAACACCCAGCUGUCAACGAUCUGCAGAGUUGCGAACAAAAUUGGCGAGCUUGCUAGGUGAGUGACGAGGUAAAGACGGAGGACUUCCUCUUGUGUGCUGUUUCUGGUUUAUUCCGGACUAGAGACAAAAGAAGAAGAAGUACAUUCAUCUAGUUUCAUCGAUACUCACAAUACACUACCAUAUUCCAACAUCUGCACCUGCUGCAGUUCUACUACAACAACCCCAAUUCUCUCCUCUCAUCGCAUCAUCGUAUGACUUGUCCGACCUGCUUUUCAGAAGGUAAGCUCUUCUGGUGUGGGACAUGUUUGCUCUUGAUGCCUGAAGCUCGCGGUCGGCUUGCCCUCUUCGAGGCCACUAGCAACGCAGGGAGUAGAAAUGACUGUGAUCAGAAGUUCGAAGUGUUGCCGUAGUCGUCUUGUUCGUGUCCUAGUGGUGGUCCGCAGAUAGCCGAAUCGAUCCACUUCAACAACGUAAUCGCUUGUGUACGAUCCUUGAAUGAUCAGGUCGCCUUCGCGAGUCGUGCUCGGGGGAAAAUGUAAAUAAGAAGUGCUUCUAUGUUCAAGAUGGACACCUUCUUCUGCCUGCUUCAUCUCCUUGCAGUAGUGUAGACGUAAUAGGCGAAUUAGCCUACAUCAUCAACAAGAAGAACGACAGCUAUGCCUACU